AUGGACGGCGCUCCCAAAGGCUUCGCGGCGGGACGGGGCCUCCUGGCCGCCGCCGAGACCUUGAACUUCAACCUGAAAGAGCAGCGACCUGUCCGGCAGAUGGGGGGCGGGCUUUCGGAGGACCAGGAAAGCGGCUCUCGCGUCGGUUCCGGCAAUCUGGGCGGCACCAUGAAGCUUUUCGCCAGCUUGGGGCUGUCACCCUCCGAUCUGGACGCUCUGGCUCAGAUCCCCGAAGAGGACAUCAGCGUGGAGACGCUUCCGCAGAUCCUCAUGCAGCUGAAGAGCCACAAGGCGGGGCGAGGGCCGGCCGCGCCCGCUGACAAGUCCUACAGGGGCGGCGGCGGCUGGGACGACGGGGGAAGGAUGGGCGGCGGCUCCUCUUUCGGCCAGGGUUCUGGCCCGUCGGACUUUGGCUUGGCGUCCAUGCAGGACCGCGGGAUGGGCCCAAAUUUCUCCGCCAACGUGGGGAACCGCGAGAGGUCCUUGGCCGAACUUUCGCAGCGCGAUUCCUACGGCGGUAACAUGGGGGAUCCCCAGCCCGGCUUCUCGCAGCGCCGGAAGGGCCCCCCGUCGCAAGGAAAAGUCCAAGACUUCUUGGGAGCCCCGCCCCCCAGAUUCCCGCACGUGUGCUCUCUUUGUGACUUUGAUGUGCAUUCCGUCAUGGAGUGGACCCAACACACAAAUGGACUCCGCCAUGCCGAGAACAGACGAGUGCUGCUCAACAUGUACCCGGAGUGGGAUCCCAGCGGGGUUCCUAGCAGAAGCAGCAUCAUGGAGUCCACCAACAUGUCGGCGGGGCUGCUGGGACCCGCCCCCCCGGGGCUCGGCCCGUCCUCCAGGAUGCCGUCCAGUUGGGGACCUACGGGAUCAGGAAUGGGCCUUGGCAUGUCAGGACAGAACCGACAGGACCGCUCUGGACAAAACAUGAUGAGAAGCAGAGUGGUGGUGGUCAAAUACGACAGGAAGCCGCUCAGCAACAAGACGCUGUUCGCCUUCGCCGAACCUUUCGGUCGUCUGCAGGAACACCUGGUUCUCAAGAACAAGGCCUUCCUGGAGAUGCAGACGCGCGAAGCGGCCGUGGACAUGGUGAACUACUACCAGCAGAAUCCGGCUACGCUCUACGGGAAGACCAUCACCUUCUACCUGUCCCAGAGGCUAUUGUUCAUCCAGAAAGACGAUCGGGCCGACCGGCCCGAACGGGCGUCAGAUCGUCCCUCCUGGGACGGCAAAAACCGAGGUCACAGAAGCCAGGUGGUCUUCUUCUCCAACAUGCCCAGAGAGGAAUACAAGAAGAAGGAGCUGCUGACCAUCGCAGCGCGUUUCGGCGUGGUGGAGAAACAUCUCUUCUUGACUGAUCAGGCGUUCGUCCAAUUGGGAAGCUGCGAGGACGCCGAGAUGAUGGUCAAAUACUACACGGUCAACCCGCUCACGAUCAACGGACGGAACAUCCACCUCAACAUCUGCGCCAAGUACAAGACGCUCAACAUCAACCGCAGACAGAAGGACGUGGGCGGAGGGAGAGCUCGGAGGACCGGAGACAAAAGGAAAAGGUCCCGGUCUCGCUCCCGAUCUCAGUCCCAGUCCCGGUCACGGUCCCGCUCCAGGAGCCGAGACGAGGAGAACGCCGGCAAAUCGGGGUCAGAAGACGGCGAGGAAGUGGCCGGGGUGGUGGAAGGGGAGCAAGAGGAACAGGAAAAGGAGGAGCCUCAGGAUGAGAAGACUACAGACGGGGAAGAAAAACCGAGCCAGGAGGGAGAGGAGACCGAGGGACGGGAGGACGACGGCAGCAGCGUUCAAAAGAAGGCUCCCUCCGCUGAAAACGUGAAGGAUGAAGGGCCGGUGGAUGAGAUGGAGGCGGCGGACAGCGCGGAGGAGGAUGAGGACUUCCUGGAGAACAUGGAGGACUUUGUGACGCUGGACGAACUGCCCGAUGACGAGAAAGAAGCCGAAGAUCAAGGACAGUCCGACGGUAUCGACCCGUCCAGGAAGGGGGGAAUGCGCGUGGUGAACAUCCUGGGCUUCAGACGAGGAUACAAAUACCUGGACGAGCUGCUGGGGCUGGCGACGCCCUUCGGGAAGGUGGUCAAACAUCUGGUCCUGGACUGGAGGCCCGAGGCGUUCCUUCAGUUCGCCACCGAAGAGGAAGCCCGGGCCAUGGCCAAAUUCUACAACGGCAACGUGAUGGCCUCCGUGUGCGGGCGCCAGGUUAGGGUCACGCACUCGAUGACCUAUCCGACCAUUAAGUGCGGCGCCAACAGGGUGGUGUACGUGGGCCAGCUGCCCAACAAAUACGAAGAGCAGGAGGUCCUCAAACUGGCCGAGCCCUACGGCAAAGUCAAAAAGUACUUCCUGAACCGCAAUAGAAGAGAGUGCUUCUUGGAGAUGGAGAAGCCGGAGGCGGCAGAAGAAAUGGCCCAAGCCUACAAAACCAACGUACCCAAACUCCACGGUCGACGUCUUCUCAUCUACGUCAGCAGGAAGUACACGCAGCUCAAAUACGGACACAAAUGUCCAAGCGCUCCCAAGAAAGGCCCGACUAGCAGUUCUCCUCCCAAGUCCUCCAAGCCCGACGAGGAACCCCCUGCAAAGAAAAUUAAGGAGGAUGAGCAAAAAGAAGUAAAGGAGGAGUCGACGGAAGAACCCAAACUGCAAGAGGACGAAGAGCAGAAGCCUCAGGAGGAGGAAGAAGAAAAGAUGAAAGAGGAGAAAGAAGAGUCGAUCGAGAAACCUCAUGAGGAUGAGGAAGAGAAACAGAAGAAACCCGGAGAGGAAGAGGAGCCAACGGAACGUCCAAACGAGGAGGAUGAGGACAUGCCACUGAGCCCUCAGCAAAAGACGCUUCCGGAAACUCCAGAGAAGGAUCCCGCAGAUCCGGAAAGGGAGCAGAACGGUGGCCAGGACAGCGCCUCUGAAAGCAAAAGCGCCUCGGCAUCUUUGCCUCUGCCGCCGUUUCGACCUGACAGAGCUAUCGGUGUGGAACACGUCAAGAUGGGUUACUACUGUCGCGUAUGUCUCCUCUUUUACUCCAACGAGAACAUGGCCAAGAAAACGCACUGCAGCAGCAAGGCGCAUUACGACAAGCUCCAGAAACAUCUGGAGAAGGAACAAAGCAAAGCGGAAAAGAAGCGAGCCAAGAAGACGAGUGUUUGA